UAGAUCUUUGUUUUGUAGAUUACAUAAUCUCAAUAAUUCAACAUCACACGUCCAGGCAGUAAUUUUAUCAAAAUUUCAGUAGACCAUGUCCGGCAAUCUGUUCAAAUGGACUGCUCUUGGCCGACAGUCAAGAACAGCCGGCUGGUACACCAAUCGAAGGGUACUCCAUCUGAUGGAUAAUGCUGUUUCCGGGUUUCGUAAGCCUUUUUUCGAGCCAUGGCGACGUCGUAGGCGCUUCGAGGAACACGAAAAAAGAGAGAUCCCAGUACGGCAACAAGUUCCAAGGAUCCGAAAUGUUCGCUACCCGGGAACUAGGGAAAAUCCCUUCCACAGAAAACCCGACUGUCUGCCUGGAAAGGGUGAAGUGCUUGAGCCCACUCGCAUCCAGCCACCCAGGAAUUCAAUGUGCUUCUCAGUAAUCAGGUCCUUCAGUAGCUCAUCUACUGGUGGUGGCUCUGGUGAACCACCGGAAGAUCGUGAGGGAAAGCUAAUCAAGUUCCCGGUGGGUUCUCGUUCUGAAAAAUCAAAAACGGGAAAGGUGGUAGUUCCUCCCACAAAGGAAUCAUUGCAAUCAGAUUGCUUAGCAGGAUUAUCGGGAAAGUCAUCGAUCAAGGAGCUAACUCCCGACAACCAAACUACAAAGGCUUUGGAUCAAUCGGGAAAAGACGGAAAAGCGGAUAACCCAGAAAAUCUUGUACUAAGAUCGUUUGCAGAGCAUCUUAACUCAAUAGGUAACAAUCCCUCAGGAAUCCAAUCCCAGCCACCGGAACGAAGUCAAAGUGGAAGAGAUCCACCAACCGGAAGUAAACCACCGACCAAACCACCUUCGGGACCUAAAAAUCCUUCGGGUCCUAGAAAUCCCUUUCAUCCACCAACGAAAAAAUACAAACAUCCAUUAAAAGGAGCCAAGCCUCCAACGGGCGGUAAGCCUCCUGUUAAACCACCUACACCGAGUAGAUCACCCAGUAAACCGACAGUUAGUAAACCACCCGGUAAAUCACCAACAGCAAGUAAACCUCCCAGAAGACCGCCUACGGGAAGUACACCUCUUAGUAAGCCACCAACAGCAAGUAAACCCCCUAGUAAACCUCCCAGUAAGCAACCAACAAGUAGUAAGCCUCCCAGUAAACCACCAACUGGAAGUAAACCUCCGGUUAAGCCCCCAACAGCAAGUAAACCUCCUGGCCCAUCGCCACCAGGAGCAAAGGCACCAACAGGAGGCCCAGACAAGAAGGGCGGAGCUGGCGGUAAGUCUGGACAGGAUCUGGGUGGUUCAAGAGUUAUAACCCUAAUGCCUGGCGACGGCAUUGGGCCGGAGAUUUCAAUGGCCGUUAUAAAGAUCCUCGAGGCCGCUAAAGCACCUUUAAUCUUUGAACCCGUUGACGUUACACCAGUGAUAAAUAGCAGAGGUCAAACGGGUGUCCCAGAACAGGUGAUCGAGAGCAUGAACCGAACGAAGGUGGGCCUCAAAGGACCCCUGAUGACCCCAGUGGGCACUGGAUUCCGAUCCCUGAAUCUCACCCUGCGUCAGCUCUUCAACCUAUAUGCCAACAUUCGACCAUGUCGAUCUCUUCCAGGAGUGGAAACCAUUUACGGGGACGUGGACAUCGUAACCAUUCGUGAGAACACCGAGGGUGAGUACUCGGGCAUAGAGCACACCCUGGUCAACGGAGUGGUGCAGAGCAUCAAGCUGAUCACCCGGAAUGCCUCGCUCCGGGUGGCCGAGUAUACCUUCCAGUACGCCCUGGCAAUGAAGAGGAAAAAGGUCACUGCCGUGGCCGAAUCCCAGGUCAUGCGGAUGUCCGACGGAUUAUUCCUGCGGUGCGUCCGGGAAAUGGCAGCCAAAUACAAGAACAAACUGGACAAAGCGGGCAUUACCUACGAGGAGUCCACCAUGACCACCGUCUGCCUGAAUAUUGUCCAGGAUCCCAGGCGAUACGAUAUGCUGGUGCUGCCCAACCUGUACGGGGAUAUCAUUUCGGACACGUGUGCCGGACUAAUUGGAGGAUUGGGUCUGACACCCUCGGGAAAUGUGGGCACCAAUGGCGCCAUUUUCGAAUCAGUGCAUGGAACUGCCCCCGACAUCGCUGGGAAGGAUUUGGCCAAUCCCACAGCGCUGCUGCUCUCCUCAGUGAUGAUGCUGCACUAUAUAGGGAUGCAUGAGCACGCGGACAACAUAGAACAGGCCGUUCUUAAGACCAUCAAGGAUGACAACAUCCGCACCAUGGACCUGGGCGGCAAGGCCAAGUGUUCGGAGUAUACUGAUGCUCUAAUCAAGAACCUCAAGUAAAAGGUUUCCAAAAAGGGUUUUCGAAAAGUAUUUUAUAGCCACCUGUCAUUAAUUAUUUUGUAAAACUCAAUUAAAGUUCAGGCUGUCCUUGGAAUGUUGAAUUAAAGAUCUUUAUACCAGAUAAAG